AUGUCUUCUAGAGCUCUUCUCCUGCGCUCAUGGCGUGCAACUCGCAGCAGCCCCAGAGCUGUGACGCCCUUACUCACAGGGUCUGCUCGUCGAUGGGGAAGCUCUAUCUCACAAAGACCGGGUUCGGAUCGUGUGUUAUUCCCGGGCGCUGUUAACAGCAAGUUCACUACCGAAAUGUCGUUCCUCAAAGGCUCCGAUCUGCCCGCAAUCCCCACAUAUCGAGUGAUCGACUCAGACGGCGAGUUGGUCGAUAAAUCUCGAGGUCCCCCUGAUGUAUCAGAUGAGGAGGUUUUGACAUGGUAUAAGAAUAUGUUGACUGUGAGCAUUAUGGAUGUGGUCAUGUUCGAGGCACAACGCCAGGGACGACUGAGCUUCUAUAUGGUCUCAGCUGGCGAAGAAGGUAUCGCGGUUGGUUCAGCAGCUGCUCUCACCCCAGAUGAUGUGGUGUUCGCCCAAUACCGUGAAGCAGCUGUCUUCCAACAACGAGGAUUUACCUUGAAAAACUUCAUGGGCCAAUUAUUUGCCAAUUGCAACGAUACGGGUAAAGGUCGCAACAUGCCUGUUCACUACGGACAGAACUAUCCUCGCAUGCACACAAUUUCAUCACCCCUGGCCACUCAAAUCCCCCAGGCCGCCGGUGCUGCUUACGCCCUAAAGAUGCAAGAUCUACAGGAUCCCAACCGAGAGCGUCGUAUAGUUGCUUGCUACUUUGGUGAGGGCGCUGCUAGCGAGGGUGACUUCCAUGCGGCACUCAAUAUUGCUGCCACUCGAUCGUGCCCCGUUGUGUUUAUUUGCCGGAAUAACGGAUUUGCCAUUUCCACACCAACCCUUGAGCAGUAUCGUGGUGAUGGAAUUGCCAGUCGUGGUGUUGGCUAUGGCAUUGACACAAUACGAGUAGACGGAAAUGACGUUUUUGCCGUCAAUGAGGCCAUGAAGGAAGCCCGGCGACGUGCCUUGAGCGACGGCGGACGACCAGUCCUAAUCGAGGCCAUGAGCUACCGUGUUUCACACCACAGCACGAGUGACGACAGCUUCGCAUACCGUGCCCGAGUGGAGGUCGAGGAUUGGAAACGCCGCGACAACCCCAUUAUUCGGCUUCGCAAGUGGCUCGAGAACAAGGGGUUGUGGAACGAGGACCUGGAGCAGGAGACUCGGGAUUCGAUGCGAAAGGCCGUUUUGAAAGAGUUCAGCGAGGCCGAGCGCGAGAAGAAGCCGCCUCUCCGUGAAGCCUUUACGGAUGUGUAUGAAGAAUUGACCGAGGAGGCUAAGGCACAGAUGAAAGAGCUGAAGCGAAUUCUGGAAACAUAUCCAGAUGAGUAUGAUCUACGGCCAUACAAGGAUGGGGCGAAGGGACUGGACUAG